AUGCCUGGCUCGGCACCUCCCAAGGAGUUGGGGGAGAACAGAGAGUGGAACGUGGAUCUGAUCCCCAAGUUCAUCAUGGCCUCGGGCGACCUGGUGAAGAUCUUGUUGAAGACGAAAGUCUCGCGAUACUUGGAGUGGAAAUCUUGCGAGGGAACCUACGUCUACCAGUACCAGGAGGCGGGGCUGUUCUCGGGUGCCAAGUACAUCCACAAGGUGCCAGCCACCGCCACAGACGGCUUAAAGUCUCCAUUGAUGGGGAUGCUCGAAAAGCCCCGCUUCAUCAACUUUGCACAGUUCAUCAUGAACUGGGAGGAUGACAAGCCCGGAACGCACCAGGACAUCGACCCGAGGCGGCACACCAUGGCGCAGGUGUACCAGAAGUUCGGCCUCCAGGAGUCCACCAUUGACUUCAUUGGCCACGCCGUGGCCUUGCACCCCAACGACAGCUACCUGAACGGACCUUGCGGACCAACAAUUCAGAAGUGCAGGCUGUACCUUCAGUCCGUGCUCCAGUACGGAGGCUCACCUUUCAUCUACCCCAUCUACGGGCUUGGCGGCUUGCCAGAGGGCUUCUCCCGCCUUGCGGCCAUCCAUAGGGGAACGUACAUGUUGAACAAGUCAGUGGAUGGCUUUGUGUACGAUGACGCGGGCAAGGUGUGCGGUGUUAAGUCAGGAGACGAAGUUGCCAAGUGCGCCCUUGGCCUUUUUCCGCCCAGCACGCUCCUGGCGAUUCCAAACGUAAGGCAGGUCCAAGGUGCACGGGUCAGGGAUGCGGGCACGUCGCAUGUUAGAUUUCUCCGCAGCAUAUUCGAUGCUUGGCUCUUGAUGUUUCGAGUCUGCAGCACUGUCUUCAGCCUGUGUUACAAGCUCUUCCUCGGAGACUACAAGACGACAUCAAGGGCAUACCAGAAUCAGCUUGGCUCUGCAGCAAUGGCUACGGUGGUUUGCCGCCAUUGGAUAAAAGGAUACUGCGAGAGGGGCCCCUUGUGCAACUUCCUGCACCCGGGUCAAGGUGCUGACGGCGGCUGGUCUGCCGGGAUCUCGGACAAUGCCGCGCAGGCCUUCAAUGCCGCAGAGGCAUGGAGCCGGGGACUCAGGUUUGGAGCUUGUGAAGCAAUCAGUGUGCAUUUUGUUCCGUCCAAGGGAGGGGCCCAUGGCGAAGCGGCACAAGUCGGUGCCGUGCCGUGUGAAAAGGCACAGCUUGCGGGGCUUUGGGCCUCGGGAUCUCAUUGGGACCAGGGCACCAGCUCAAGGCUCUUCGCUCAGCAGUGGGUCCAGAGCUCCAGAGCUCCGGAUCCACUCCUAGGAGCGGCUGCGGAGCAGGCUCCGCAAAACGACCUCGGCGAGAUGGCCCAGUCUGUGGCGCCCGCAGGUGGGCGCACCUACAAGAAGUCGAAGCUAUGUAUCCAUCACACGAAUGGCUACUGCAGCCGGGGCUCUACCUGCAACUUCGCCCAUGGAGAGCAUGAGCUCGGGACACCCCAGCCAUCAGCUGAUGCCGGCUGGGCCGCACAAUCAGCUCAACAGGACUGGCAGUCGAAUGGCUGGCAAUCGAAUGGCUGGCAACCGAGUAACUGGCAGUCGAACGGCUGGCAACCUAACGCCUGGCAAGGAAACGGCUGGCAGGCUGGCGGCUCCAACGGUUCCGUACAAUGUCGGCACUUCGCCCGCGGCUACUGUGCUUUGGGUGAGAAGUGCAACUUCGCGCAUGACGGCCCACCGCCGUCAUUCCCAGAUGGCUGGGUGAUCCGGACCAAGGAGGAAAUCCAGCUCUACAACUUCAAGACGACGCUGUGUCGGGACUUUCAGAAGGUGGGUAGCUGCCCACGUGGCGACGAGUGCACCUUUGCCCAUGGCGAAGCGGAGCUCCAGAAGCCAGGAGAGGUGCAGCAG